GGCGGCAAGGCCUCGCCGCCGGGAACCGGCGAGCCCACGACCGCGCCCCCGCCGCCGCCCGAGCAUCAGGCGCUGUACAAGCCGAGGGGUGCGCCGGCGGCGCCCGGCAAAGCGGCGGCCGAGAAGAAGCUGAAGCGCGUCUACAUCUUCGGCGGCGGAGGGCCGGCGGCGGCCGCCUCGGGCUCUCCCGGCGGCGCCGUGCCCGGCAGCCCCACGCUGAGUAGCGCGGCCGAGGCCGGCGACCCGCUGAGCCUCUACGAGGAGGCGGGCGGCGCGGCGCGGCCCGACGGGGACUGCCCCUCGCCGCCCGGCGCCCGCUCGCCCGCCGAGCACCGCGGCUACGCCGGCCCAAGGGCCGCCUCGCCCGCCCCCUCCACGGCGCGGUCCUCCUCCGCGUCCUCCCACUCGUCCUCCGCCUCCUCGGCCGGCUCCUCGUCGUCGGACGACGAGUUCGAGGACGACCUCUUGGACCUGAACCCCAGCCCCGGCUUCGAGAGCAUGUCUCUGGGCGGCUUCAGCUCCUCCGCGCUCGACCGGGACCUGGAUUUUAACUUGGAGCCCGGCUCGGGCUCGCACUUUGAGUUCCCGGACUACUGCACGCCGGAGGUAAGUGAGAUGAUCUCGGGGGAUUGGCUGGAGUCCAGCAUCUCCAACCUGGUGUUCACCUACUGAGGCGGGGCCGCCCGAGGCCGGCGGCGGCCGAGAGGACCGCGGGAGCGCUGCCCGCCGCUGUGCCACCGCCUGAGGACAGACUGAGAGGGACCGCGGUGCGGCGCGGGAGGAGGGAGCGGCGCCGUGCGGAGCUCCCACGGGGGUCGUCCUCGCCCUCCGCUGCGAAAGAGCGACCAGAACUGCUUGAAAGGAAACGAGGAUCGGCUGAGCUCCCCCCCCCCCGCACGGCUCGCGUCGGGGGCUGAGGUGCCGUCGCGGCGCCCGAAAAUACGAAAAAAAAAAAAAGCAGUAGUUUUUUUUUUUCUUCUUUCUCGGAAUCGUGAUGGUGUUGGAUUCUCUCAAUGGUGGGUUAAUAGAGCAUGUUACCUGUCUGUCUUUAAGGUUUUUUGUCGGACUGUGGAACAGUUUCAGAACGUAGCGUUAGGGCGAUGCGAAGCGGACAGAUGGCGCUCUGUUUGAUUCCUACAAAGUAUCACCAGCUUUUUUUUCACUCUUAACUCUUUAAAGGAUUCAAACGCAACUCAAUGCCGUGCUGGACUCUCAGAAAUUCAGGACCAAAUUUUCCCUCAGCUGUGUCCGUGUGUGUCCGUAGGGCCGCGGGUGGAAGGACUGUGCCCACCGACGGCCGUCCCCGUCCCGUUCCGUCCCGUCCGUGCGAGCGGAUGCUGUAUCCGAGUGGACGUAUUUAUACUGCCAAACGUUUCUGCCCGUAUUUCUUUGUCCUUUUUUUGGUAGUUCUCGUUGUUACCCGCACCGUUUUUAUGUCUCCUUCACGGAAGGGCUAGAGUUUUAACUUUUAAUUUUUUUAUAUUUAAAUGUAGACUUUUGACACUUUUAAAAACAACGACAAAAAAAAAAAAACAGACAAAAAAAAAAGAGAAGAGAGAUGAAAACGUUUGAUUAUUUUCUCAGUGUAUUUUUGUAAAAAAUAUAUAAAGGGGGUGUAAAUCGGUGUUAAUCGCUGUUUGGAUUUCCUGACGCGGGCUGCAGGGCCCCGGCCGCCCCGGACACGCGGUGCGCGCACACCGCCGCCCGCCCGCCCUCCGCCCGCGUCGCGCUCCGAUCUGCAGGCACUUAAAGGCACAGCAUCCCGCGCCGCGCCCCGCUCGCACCGGGAGGAUGGGGCCGGAGGGGACGGGGAGGGCUCAGGCGUGCGUCUGCCGCCGUUUGGGUGGGAACGUCUCCCGAACGGAGCGCGGAACCGGCGCCUCCGCGCGGAAGGGAUCCUGUACCUUUAACUCGUAAACCACAUCUUUUGCACUUUUUUUCGAAGCAAAGCCGUGCCGUUUAAACCACUGGAUCUAUCGAAAUGCCGGUUUGAGUUCGCGACACUAUGUACUGCGUUUUUCAUUCUCGUAUUUGACUAUUUAAUCCUUUCUACUUGUCGCUAAAUAUAAUUGUUUUAGUCUCCUAUGGCAUGAUGAUAGCAUAUGUAUUCAGGUUAUAGCUGUUGUGUUUAAGAUGAAGAAAGUGAAAACAUCUUUGUACAUUUAAGUCUGUAUUAUAAUAAGCAAAAAAGAAGAUUGUGUGUUUAUGUAUGUUAAUAUAACAUGACAGGCACGGGGACGUCUGCCGAACGAGGUGGUUCCGUUAAGGGUUUCGCUUUUAUUAUUUUUUUUUAUUUUUUUAUUUUUUUUUUUUUUUUGGUCAUCCAUCCUGUGCAAUAUGCUGUGUAGAAUUUUUUUUUAUUUUUUUAUUUUUUUAUUUUUUUGUCUAACGAUCACCCACAACGCAACGUUGGGAAAGAAGAGAAAAAAAAAGAAUCAUGCCAGCUAACCAUGUCACGUUCACUGCCUGUCAGAUUGUCGAUAUACCUUCUGUAAAUAACCUCUUGUUUUUGUUUUUGUUUUCUUCGGGAAGGAAAUAAAAUCAGCUGGAACUGAACCCUAA